GCUCGCCCGGGCUCCCCGGCUAACGCCUGACGGUACGCGGCCGCCUGCGCCCCGGCCCCUGUGGCGUCCCCGCAGGGGCCCGCCGUGGCCGGCACUUAGGGGCGCCACUGGGUUCCCCUGGGCCCGACUCGCGACCCGCGCUCCGGCGCUGCAGGGGUGGCGCCCCCGGGCGGACGCGGACACGUGCGGGGCCGGGCUGCUCGGACGCUGAGGUCUCGGGGGGAGGGGGGACGCGGCCGCUCGCAGCGGGAAGCCGGCGGUCCGGUCGGCCUCGCCCCGGCGCAGCGCCCGCGGGUCGCACGUGACCUGGGAAGCGGAUUCCCGCAGCCCCCGGACCAGGCCGUCGCGAGCGCGGUCAGGACCGUGGGACAGUGAACGGCCAAACGCCGGAGGAGGGGCCGCCCUGUCCCCCCGCGGGCGCUGAGCCGCGGCCGAUCGCGCGAGGACCCCCCCCGCGGCACGACCCCUCUGGGGGCAGGCGGCCCAGCGCGCGCAGAAGCUGAGGGGCCUCGAGCCCCUCCGGACAGGGCUGCGGCUUCUCCUGCACUCAGAGUGGGCAGGGGGUCCUUUGAGCCCCGGCCUCCCCCUGUUCCGCGAACGUAUUCCACGUAGCGUCCAGCACAAGGAGUCCAGCCGGGCCGGCCGGAUGGCAUCGGGCGAGAGCAGAUGCCAGGCCUCGGCUCUGUGCUGUGCGGGGCGCGGGCUGGCCUCUGAGCCCGGCCGUGUGCGGGCACUCCGGCUCUCCCGCACCGGGCAGCGCCAGGCCCACCACCCUACUGCGGCGCCGGGCGUCAGGCCCAUGCGGCCCAAGCAGGGCGUGGGUGAGUCCCAGGCACAGGCAAAGAGCCUAAGAGGCCAGAUCCCGGAGAACUUACCUGGAAACCCUAAAGCAUGGCCUUUUCUUCAUAAAAACGUUUCACUCAUGACCAAAAUCGGGCAGAAGAUAGGAAAACAGUCCAGAAAAAACGCCCAUCCGCGCCACAGCCUGUUCCCGCCCUGCCGGCUUGGCUCACCUUCCCUCAUGGGCCUCGUCUCGCUGGGACAGCGCUGGUGGGCUCACACCCGUCCCCUCCCUGCCUGCGUGGACAUGAGCCCUCCCCAGCCCCCAGCCCCCUCCACCCAAGCAGAUUUUGUGCUCCUCGUAAGCAGUGCUGUGGGGUGUCUGUGAGACACGCACACGCACCCUCCUCUUCCUCCUCAGCACGGCUGGAUUUGCUCACUGAGACCUUCUAUUCGCCGCGGCUGCCGCGUCCUCCGCGUCCUCGAUGGUGCAAACCACAGAGGGAAUUCUGCAUGGCAUCUCCUGCUGAGGACCUGAGGCUGUUGCAGGGGUGAACCUCGUGUUUGUGGGCCCCCCGCACAUGGGCAAACCCCACGAAGACCCCCGGGGUACGUCUGGGGCUGCAGAGGCCGCACACCCUCCACGCCCCGGGAGAGCCAAGCGGGGUGGCUGUGGUCACUCUCUGACUCGGCCAUGCUGGGUGCCGCAGGCUCCUGGGAGGCGAGGGCCGCCGCCAGGCCCCGGCUGCUGCCAGUGUGGACGGGACACACUUGGGCGGGGGUCGGAAGGGAAGUGUCCCCACAAGGACAGACAGCCGAAGGGGACAGAGCAUUGGGACGAGCCCGAGACGGCAGCCGCGGCGCCCGGGAAGCAGCCUGAGAGCUCUUCUCUCCAGCCGCCUGUCCUGCGCGCCUGCACAGAGGCCGAGGGCCUCCAGACAGAGGGCCCCCCCCCACCCCGAGAGUCCCCCGUGGGGAGCCGUGGGGAGCAGGGAGAGGAGGCGGUCGUCCCUGCUGGGCCCCGUGCGGGAGGCAUCUGGAGGGGAGCCCACCCUCUGGGACCUGGCUGCAGACCUCACAGGCCCAGAUGCACAGCCCUAGGCGGGGGACAGGGAGAGGGCACGGGGGUGAACCCACAGUGUGGGAUCAGGUGGGGCACCGGGGAGUGGCUGGGCCACGGGCCAGGGAAGCAGGGGGGGGCGGCUGUAGCCCGACCCUCAUACAGAACUGAAGGCUGGGGGUCCUUGCCAUUCAGCUCUUUCAAGACAGCCUUCCGUUGUCUUCCUGCUCCCAUCAUUUCUGCGGAAAAAUUCUGUGUUACCUCUUUCUGUUGCACCCAGAGAAUAAGAUACCAGUUUUCCUGGAUGCUUUUAAAUUUUGACUUUCAGGAGUUUUAUGAGGAUGUUCCUAGGUGUAUUUCCUUUGUACUUAUGCCAAUUAAAAUUCAUAGACUGUCUUUAAUCUACGAUUUUUGUCUUUCAUCUUUUUUAAAAAUUCGUUCAAAUAUCGUUCAAAUAUUGCUUCUGCGCCAUCGUCUGGGAGCCCUCUGCUCUGGGUCAGGGCGACACCCAGGCCCCAUUAGCAGCGGGCACCAUCCCUCCCGCACGCAGCUCUCUAUCUGUAGUCCCCGUCGCCCCCGCCCUGCCCCUGGGUAUUUUCUACUCACCCAGGCUCCGCUUCACAAAUCCUCUUUUCUGCUCUCCAGAACCUGUGGUUGAAACCAUCUACUCGGGGGAGGCCUGGGUGGCUCAGUGGGUUAAAGCCUCUGCCUUCGGCUCAG